UCACCUGGUAUUGGUAAAACUACCACUAUACUCUGCCUUGCUAGAGCUCUUCUCGGGCCGGCAAUGAAAGAGGGUGUUUUGGAACUGAACGCGUCCAAUGAGAGAGGGAUUGAUGUGGUCAGGAACCGGAUUAAAUUGUUCGCUCAGAAGAAAGUUACACUCCCGCCAGGUCGUCACAAAAUAGUGAUUCUAGACGAAGCAGAUUCCAUGACAUCUGCAGCCCAGGAAGCCCUCAGAAGAACUAUGGAAAUAUACUCUAAAACUACUCGGUUUGCGCUGGCGUGCAAUAGUUCUGAUAAAAUUAUAGAACCCAUACAGUCGAGAUGUACAAUGCUCAGAUACUCGAGAAUAACAGACGCUCAAGUGCUGAGGAGGUUGCUGGAUAUCUGUGAAGCUGAGAGUGUGGUUAAGACAGAUGACGGUUUAGAAGCAGUCAUCUUCACCGCUCAGGGUGACAUGAGACAGGCCAUAAAUAACCUACAGUCCACACAUCAGGGUUACGGGAUAGUUAACAGUGCAAAUGUUUUCAAAGUUUGUGACGAACCUCAUCCCCUUCUUGUAAAAGAUAUGAUCAAACACUGCACGUCGGAAGAUAUAGACGAGGCCUAUAAGAUACUCCACUCUUUGUGGAAGCUGGGUUAUUCUCCUGAAGAUAUUAUUAAUAACGUUAGAAAGGUGUGCCAGACAUUUGACAUGCCGGAGUACAAGAAGCUGCUCUUCCUCAAGGAAAUAGGUUACACUCACCUCCGGAUAACACAAGGAGUCAACUCCCUCCUCCAACUCAGUGGCAUGCUCGCUAGACUCUGUCGCGUCAGCGCCGCUAAGAGCAUGACCCAAUAG